AUGAAGCCACCGAAACUACUCUUAGAAUCUAUGGCUGCGAUCUCAUUCAACACGCCGAAUUUCCCAUCUGGGUUUGCUUUUCCAGCCUUCUUCUUAACCAAGUCGUCUCUCUCUUUCUCUGAAGGUGUUGUGGAAAUUGAUGAUCUGGAAGAUGGUUCAGGGGCUGAUUCAGGUUUGGAUUCGGAUUCUGAUUCGGAUGGAGAUAUUGAGGCCAAGUCAAGAGCUAUCGAUGAAGAAAAGCAAAGGGAAGAGGAAGAAGCAAUGGAAGAAAUGCGGUUGAAUAUUAAAGAUGAAUCCGACGAGUUUAGGUUACCUACUAGGAAGGAACUUGAAGAAGAGUCUCAAGGACCUCCUGAUCUUCAGAAUCUCCAGAGGAGAAUCAAAGAGAGCAAGAAGGGGCAACAAGGAAAGAUUACGUUGAUCAACUUAAGAAAGGUACUUUCCACUACUCUGCUUAUAAAGAUACAGGGUAAGAAAGUGGUAGAGGAAUAUAGCUGUAGUCGAAAGAUGGGUGUGGAGAAUUACCAUGUAAUUGAGCUUGUAGGCGAAGGAUCAUUUGGGAAGGUAUACAAGGGAAGGCGCAAGUAUACCGGCCAGACUGUUGCAAUGAAGUUUAUAAUGAAGCAUGGGAAAAGUGACAAGGAUAUUCACAAUCUAAGACAGGAGAUUGAGAUUCUUAGAAAGCUAAAGCAUGAAAAUAUCAUUGAGAUGCUUGAUUCUUUUGAAAGCCCUCAGGAGUUCUGUGUUGUAACCGAAUUUGCACAGGCAAUGAUCCUUUAAUCUUCUCGAGUUUUACAUUCACCAUAAGCUAAACAUGUAUUAAAAUCAGUCAUUAAAACUAUGUUAGACAUGUAAUAGUAUGUGACUAGCCCAUUCUAGAAUGGAUUCUAAUACAUGCAUCUUCCUGAUGACCAGGGCGAACUAUUUGAGAUUCUCGAGGAUGACAAGUGUCUUCCGGAAGAACAAGUUCAGGCAAUUGCGAAACAGUUGGUGCGGGCAUUGCAUUACUUGCAUUCCAACCGCAUUAUCCAUCGUGAUAUGAAACCUCAGAACAUUCUAAUUGGUGCUGGAUCUGUAAUUAAGGUUGACGGUUAAAAGAAUAAACAUUUUCUUAAUGUUGCGAAAUUAAUUAUUAAUGUCAAUAUCUUCUAUAUACAAAUGUUUUAUAGCAUUUCUACAUUCAAGUGGUUAUAAAAAUUUCCUUAUUGUUAACAGCUUUGUGAUUUUGGAUUUGCACGUGCAAUGUCAAUGAAGACAGAGUAAAAAUAAGAACAAGUUUAGCUUACAUUUAUUUUAAAUAAUUACUUUUCACAUGUUUAGUGAAUAUUAACACUGGCAAUUUAUUGUU